UUGAGAGUCAGCAGUACUGCAUUGUGAAGCUGUCGUUAGGGCUGUGUUCUCCACGUGUGGUCUCCUUCAGUUGGACUAAUGCCAGACGAUAACUGAACCAGGUGGCAGGUGGUCUCCAGAUUGUGGGACGUCGGUCGUCAGUGCGACAUAGUUGACUAUGGGGGACUACAUGGUGCAGUGUGAGAUGUACCACCAGCGGCCACUGCAGACUGGAGAAAUCCUGUGGGGGUCGUCUGGAGAUCAGCUGCAGACUCCAGUUCCAGUUGGCGAGCUCACAGAGGCUCCACCAUCCAACAGCCUCAGCCAGCCGGUGACCUCCUCGGAGCUGAGCGCCAUAGAGCUGAUGCCCAAGAGGGACUGCGACCCCAUAGCGGGCUACGAGACACCAGUGACCACUCCCGAUGCCAACAGCAGCUCGCCCGAUGCUCUCAGGUUCAACCAGGGCAGCUCGUCGGCAUACUGGUCACAGGAGGGACCAGCGUCCCCGGCAUCGGUGAGCACCGUAACCCUGGGUUCGCCGAGCAUCGAUCACCUGUACCUCGGCAUCGGAGCCCCUACUACUCUGCUGCCGCCUUUUGCAGAUCCACAGGACUGCUUCGGCAACGCCGGAGACUUCCUGUAUGGAGCGGCGAUGGCAGAGGCCGGCGUCACGUUUCCGGACAGUCAGUUCGCACCACCCACUCGAGACGCGUCUUCUGCUGGAGCUUUUGUCAUGGACAAGUUCCUGUCUGCAGGUGACCAAUCCAAUAGUGGACAGGAGGAGGCCCAGCACACAGGGACCCUGGCAGCGCUCCACUCCACUGGGAGGUCCACCUCCCUGACCGACGUCCGGAUGGCCGACAGCGGAGGGUCGCUGCCCAGCAGUCCACCUCCGCCAUCGGUCUUGACCGCCACCGGCAGGUCCCACUCGGUCACGGACGUCUCCUGCGGGAGGGGCGACAGAGGAACCGUACUCGGCGGCCAAUUGGGCGCCCUCGGCGUCAAGAGGCCGACGUCUGCAACCCCAGGAUUCCAGCACGGAGGACUGGGGACGGUCCAGAGGUCGUCGUCACUCUGUGUGGAGGGAGGGCAGGAGCGGCUCAGGGUCACCGCCAUACAGAGGUCCAUGUCUCUGGCUCUGGACGAGAGACCUAGGUUGAGCCCUCUGGUACUGGGAGAGCUCCAGACUCUAGGAUCACCAUCGACUCCCAUGGAAACUGAUGGCACCUCCUCCAACAGUCUGGCCGGAUUCCUGGAUGCUCAUUCGCGGACACACGGACAGACCCCAUCCAAUAGCAGCGUCGCCAGUUCUUCGGCUCCCUGCACACCGUCCUCUGACAGCCCAGUCUUCCAAAGCAGUCCAUUCUUCAGUGCCAACGAGUACCAGCAUCGCACAGAAAGGACGUGUGAACCUGUAACUGCCAGCAGUGGGGUCGGGUACCCAGAGUUUCCCACCAGCACGGCGCUGCCAGCGCCACAAACGUCUCCCAACAUGCACGCACCCCCUACUUUCACUUUUCUGACUGGAGAACCAGUGGCACCGCAACCGUCACCACAGAACAGCGUAUUGUCUGGGGGCUAUCCCCAGAGUGUGACCAAUCUCCAAGCGAGGGCACCGCAGCCCCAGCACGUCCCCUGCAUCGUGGGGCACCACCCGGUGGGACCGCCCGCAAACCAGAGCCACCAGGUGACGAACCCGAGCCGUGCGGUCACUCCCGGAGGGUCACCUCUGGCGCGACGGCCUCCACCCCCUGGUCCCAGGUAUUUCGACAGGCCGGAUGACGACAUCCCAGGCCUCCCCAUCCCCCAAACGAGUGCAGUGAAGGACUGCUGGAGGCCCCCGUAUUGGGUCGGUGACCACCAACAGGGCAGUCACGGCCCGGCGUACUAUCAGAACGGCGCCGACCGCUACGGACAAAAUCAGUGUUGCCAGGGCUGUGACGGGGGUACCGGCGCAAAGCCACGGCUACGGCCAGCACCAGUGGCUGCAGAUGCAACAACAAAGGGCUGCAGCCUGUCAACCACCUCUUCCUGUUACAGGUGGAGACAGGCAGAACGCGGCAGCGCCGUCGACGACGACGACACAGACGUCGACGGGCAAGUCGCGAAAGGAGCGGACGGCGUUCACCAAGUCGCAGAUCCGGCAGUUGGAGGAGGAGUUCUGCCGCUCCAACUACCUCACCAGGCUGCGCCGCUACGAGAUCGCCAUCCUACUGGACCUCAGUGAGCGGCAGGUGAAGGUGUGGUUCCAGAAUCGGCGUAUGAAAUGGAAGCGCACGAAAGGUGUGGCAGGAAGUGGUAGCCGGAAAGAGAAACGUGAAC